AUGAUUAAAUAAGUACCUAAAGUAAUUGGUCAGCAUUAACAACAUCCUUAAAAUUAGUCCAAUUCUCAAUCUAAGAACAAACAAGGUCUAAAGUAAUUUAAAAACGCCAAUUAAUAACAACAAUAAACUUUGCCCAAAUAAUAAGCCCUGAGAUAUUUCAAUUAAUAAACAUUUUUUAGCAUAAUAGUGUUUUUGAAAGCAGAUGAGAUUAUGGAAUUAAGAUUGGUUUGCAGACUAUUUAACAAAUUAUUUAUGCAUAGUGCUCCUGAAUUAUUGGAAUAUUUAGAUUAGAGAGAUUUGAAUCAAUAGAAAAAUUAAAACCAAAAUCAAUAACGUUUAGUAUUACCAAGAUUAAAAGAUGUGAACAUAAAUACAAUACGAGAGAAUUUACAGAAUAAAACUAUGUAUGCUUAUGUUGAAAAAUUACUCAAGGACAAUCUUUUCAGUAUAGAGUUAAUUUUUGAUGUUAUUACUUGGGAUUUACCACCUUGGAGAAAAGCCAAGUUCACAUUUCCUUUAAAAGUCAAAACCAUAAUUGAGAAGUAUGAUUUCAAUCUUUAUAAUCUGAAUGAUCAGCAGAUACAAUUGAUUAAUUAAAGGUAGAAUCACAAAUUUACACCUUUUAUAUUAUAUAAUGAGGAUUUUGAAGAUAUUUUGCAAUAUGCAAAGAAUUUAAUGCAGGUGGCUGCCUUCGAAGAUUAUAAGUAUUUCUGUGACUGGUAUGAGAUUGAAAAAGAAAACGAAUAAUUGUAAAAACUAAGAGACUUACUGAGAAGUAAUAGUUUACAGUAAAAAUGA